AUGCCCCGUCCCGAAGUGCACGAACCUCUUUCUUCCAGUUCUCCACACCCUCCGCCUGAUCUACCAUCAUCCUCACACGAAAUACCGGACGCAGAAAUGGCGGAUGUUCCUUCUACAGAGCCCGAAUCUCAACCGCAAGAGUCGGCGAAUACUGCUGAAGCAGAGCCUGCGGCCGAGGUUUCGGAGAGCGUGGUGGUUCCGGAAUCUGCAACGUCUGAAGAGGAAGGAACAAGUACAUCGGUAACGGAAGCCCCAAAUCAAGACUCAAGCACUACGCCUCCUCCGCCACCGGAGCCGCGCCAUAACAUUCCAGAAUGGACAAUCUAUGAAGAGGACUGGUCAAAGCCGACCGAGGAGGAGAUGGAAGAACUGAGACUGAGAGAAUCCAGAGGUACAGAACUGAGCGCACUGGACGUCCCUAGUGUGGAGAAGCGCAUCUAUUCAGACGUGGACGUUCCAGACAUGCGUCCGAUCAAGAAGUUGCGCCUCAGCUGGGUCAUCAAGGGCGUCAGAGGAACCAAGGACAGACCCAACCAUGCCAGAGUCAUGGUCUCACCCCCUGCCGUUGUGGAUGGGAACUACUGGCAGAUCAAAUUCUACCCGCGCGGCCAUACAACCUCAACUUAUAGUGCGUACAUAAAGUGCAGCAGACGGCCUCCUAAACCAGACUCCAAACCGUCUGACAGCACCUUCUCAGUUUUCGAAGGGCCCCCAGACGCAGAUUUGGGAAACGGCGUCGUGCCUACCAUGACGCUCAAGACUGAAUGGAAAGCCAACAACGAGGACUGCGCUUCAAAUGCCUCCGCUACCGCUAACGCAGGCCAAAAGCAAGACAGUCAACCACCUUCCGAAGGAGCAAAUUCCGGCGAUGUCGAUCUUGGUCAUAACGAUGCGCUUGAUAUACAAACUACUGCAGAGCCGGGAGACGAUGACUGGCGACUCUCUGCUCAGCUUGGAGUGGUGAUGUACAACCCCGAAGAGCCACGCACUUGUACGUAUGCCUCCACGGCAGGACAAUUCUCCAGGUAUGUGGAUGAUUGGGGCUGGUCGAGCGUUGCAGGACCCUGGAGAGAUGCACACCUUCGACAACAUUUGCAGCGAGCACCGCUCCUACAGAACGACACCAUUGCCAUUGACGCCUACAUUCGCAUCUUCGAUGAUCCGACCAAGGCGUUGUGGUGGCGUAGCUCCGACGCUGAACCCCACUGGGACUCAAAAUCGCUUGCAGGAUACUUCCCAAUGGGAACUCCUCCGCUGUACCACAGUCCUGCCGUGGCAGGGAUGACUGCAUGGCUUCUUCUGGCCCCGUUCCGCAAAGUCCUUCAGCAAGCGGACGCCGGGGGCUGGCGGCAUAAUUCCCAAGUUCGACCGAGGCCUUUCAUCGCUCAACUGCAGAUGAUCCUCUUUUUGAUGCGAACGUCAAGAAAGGAACGUGAAACCUACGUGGAUCUGUACCCUGCGAUCCAAACCCUGAGAGACUUUGGAGAAGAGUACACGGACGUGAAAACCUUCUGGGAAGCGUUUCGAAGGACGAUCGAACUCGAACUUGAACAUGAUCAAGAAAGCUUGAGAGCACUGAAGACAAUUUUUGACAGUCCGCACGGCCCGGUUUCGCUACCACCGCUACCGGUUGAGAACGUGCUGGACAUCCAGCAAGGGCUCGCCCGUGUCUUGCGGGAUAUGAAUUUCAAAGGAUGCCUUCCCAACUUUCUGCCUCUCAUGCUAGCGCGGGACAAGUUUGACACGACGACACGAGAGUGGAAAUUGCUUUACGACCGUGUGAUCUUGAACGAUGAGAUUGAUGUGUCGGAAUUCAGCACAGACGCAGACGGCGUUAAGUACACCCUCUACGGAUUCAUGGUACAUGCCGGUGUACGAAACUCUGGGAAGUUCUACGCGGUUUUGCGACCGAAUGGGCCAAACACAAUGUGGCUUGCUUUCGAGGAUGGGGAUGGUAACCAAGUAUUCUCUUACAGCAGAAAGGCCAUUCAGGUAUUCGAGGGACUCGAAGGACAGGCUCUGAAGGAUUUCAACUCGACCCGGACCACUGCUUACAUGGCAAUGUACGUUAAGACGAGCUGCUUAGCCGAGUAUCUGCCUGGAGGUCUGGAACCGUAUGCGCUGCCGAAAUGGCUGGCACCAUAUCUUGAAUCUUCAUAUCAGGAAGCCCAUGGAAACUUUGUUGAAGAGCCCACGGAUGGGGCUUCGGAAGAAAUCAACGUUGAGGUCUACUCUGAUGAAGGCAUCAUCGGAAGAGAAGGGCUGCUCGACAUGUACAACAUCAAACAGCAGUCUCGGCAUAAAGGGCUGUUCCACCUACUGAGCUCGCCCAAAGAGGCAACAUAUCAGGACCUAAGACAGCGCCUCGCCGGAAAGCUUGGAAUUAGUGAUCCUCAAAUGAUCCGGCUUUUUCAGAUGGGGUACAGCGGCAUUGGACACUACGCAACUGCUCAAAUGCUCAACGUCAACCUGACGGACACUGUCGGCGACGGUCAAGUUGUGGGCCAGCCAUUAUGCUUGUGGAUGUCAGUGCUCGGCAAGGAUGAGCUUGAAUUAUUUGGUGAGCCGGACCGAGCACCCGCCCAAGUGGAAGCGGACCUGCUGCCUUCAGAAAGUGAAACAUCCCUCUCGGCCAAUGUCGCCCACGGGAAUGAAGAACAAAUUGCUGCUCCUGACGCGGAACAAGCUUCGAUCCGAGCAGCUGUUACGGCCGACGUUGACCGUAUCUCAAAUAACACACAGCAACCGCCCGCGGUCGCCGUGGAGAUCAACGAUCCAGACACUCCCAUGCACGAGAUUCCACCCCCGACCGCCGAGGAAAGCUUGACUGCGAAUGUGCCUCAUGGUCAUCUCAUCGACGCGGCAGCGCAUGGGGAGAUGGCAGCCCCGCCUGUCGCCGAUGAGACGCAGUUCAUUUCAGCACCCGGGUUCUCAACGUUAUCUCAAGCAGAAGAAUCUCUGAUUGCCGCGGUCAUCUCUGAAGAGUCUGAAGCUAUGGACUUUGUCAUGAACUCCGGAUCUGCCUCGACGGAUAAUUCAGCCUCGCAAUCUGGCGAGUCGUCACAGUCUUCAUCUCCGCCCUCUGAGAAGCAGGGACCUGUCGAUAAUGUCUAUGGCUUCAUUCAAAUGUUCGACGUUGACAAGCAAACUUUCCGCGUCCAAGGGACCUUCUUCGCCCGGUCAGAAGAAAGAGUGAGAGACUUCGUGCAGAGGCGCUUUGGCUAUGGACCCGACAAGAACUUUAUUGCCUGGCGUCGCCAUUCCACCGUCGAUGGAACUGUUGUGGGACCCGAGGACACGUUUCUGGAUCCUCGGUUCGUCAACGGUUGUGAUCUUGUCGUGUACGAGCCAGUGUCAGAAUCUCGUGUGAGAGAGCUUGAAAAGGAAGGCAAGUUUGCCACUCCUCACGAACUAUCCCACUUCUUGCGGAUGGUUGAGCGUCGACAUCCAGUCCAGGCCAAAACAAGCAUCGACCCGGUCGAGAUUGCGGAUUUUGGAACCGACUACUACAAAGGACCCCUGGUCAAUGGACUCUGCCAUGGGGCUAAGUGCUUCAGUAUCAGUUCCACGGGCAACACCUACGAAGGACCCCUUGUUUGCAACAUCAAACGCGGCAAAGGAGGCAAGAUGACAUAUUAUAAUGGCGACACCUAUGAAGGAGAAUGGUGCCAUGACGAGCGUCACGGCCAUGGCACUUUUGUGGAGGCUAGAACGGGCAACAAAUACGUGGGCGGCUUUGAGAACGGCAAGCGGUGGGGGAUGGGCACCACGUACUGGCAGGUUGCAGACGAGCAGGCGGACCUGUGCCAGAUCUGCUACAGCAACGAGAUUGACGCGUUGUUCUUCGACUGUGGACACGUGUGUGCUUGUGUCGAAUGCGCGAAGCAGUGUGAGAUCUGCCCUAUUUGCCGGAAAACGGUGAAGCAGGUGGUCAAAAUGUUCCGAGCCUGA